UCCACAUUUCGAAACUUCCUACUGGAGUGUGGCAGUUAAAACUUCCUGCUAUGCUCAAAUAUACUCGAGCUCUCUGGCGCCACACACACUCACACACACUCACACACGCACGCACGCACACUCGCGCUGACUUGCAAUGAGUUUCAGUUUCACGCGCUUCUCCCGUGAACCGGCGUAGCGCUUCAUUUGAAUAAAGUGUUUGAUCAAAAGAGCGGAUCAAAAGAGCAUCUGUCAGAAACGAAAGACGAAGUGCGACACAAACAGCGGAUUAAUCCCUCAAGUUAACUGUAUAAAAUGUCAAUAACUGUGCAUCUGGCUGUACUUUUGAUUGUUCUUCUACCUUCUAAAGGUUGUGACAUUUACCCUGAGAAGUCUGUUGUGAAAAGUGGGUCAGAUGUGCGUGUAAUUUUUAGAAAUUCUCACAUGACUCCAUGUCCUUUGCAUGAAAUUAAUGUAAAACAUAUAUUUUGGAAACUUAAUAAUUUCAAGAUACCAGAAGAACAGUACACAAUCACAGAUCAAAAUUCUUCCAGUGUGAUUAUUCGAAAUUUUACAUCUACUGUUUCAGAAGUGACUUGUCAUAUCAGUGCUCCAGGGACCGAAAUGCUUCUUGGUGGAGUGCAUAUUAGAUCAGAAUUGCCUCCCGAAAAGCCUACAAAUGUCUACUGUGUUCAGUUGUAUCGGACAAGUUUCACAUGCUACUGGAAUUCAGGAAGAAGACCUGGGGUUCAUACAAACUACACUGUUUACAGAAAAUACCAUGACAAGAAUGAUACUUGUUUGUCGAAUGACACCUUCUGCUGCUCCUGCCGUUAUAAAGAUGUUUACCUAACUGCUGCAUAUUCCAUAAUGGUGGUGGCUAAAAAUGAGUUUGGUCAAGCUUGGUCCGACAUUGUGAACAUAAAUUCAUUUAACGCAGUGAAACUUCUUCCACCGGUGGAUGUUUUACUAGUACCCCUCUUGAACAAAACCCUUAAAGUUAGUUGGAAAAAUAGCCAAAUCACAGCGUUUCCAGUAGUAUGCCAGGUGCGCCAUAAUUCAACAGACUCGAGAGACUGGGUAAUAUAUAACGUCAGUCUUGAUAUGGCCCGAAACGGUUCUUUCAACAUUCAGAACCUUGUCUGCCUCAAUACGUAUAGAGUAGCAGUUCGCUGUAUUGGAAAUUAUGGCCAAAUCUAUUGGAGUGAAUGGAGUGAGGAAAAAACUGCUAUUUUGCCCGAGGAAGCACCUUCAGCACAUCUUGAUGUUUGGAGAAAAUUUUUUGAUUCUGGUGAAAAGGAGAAGAGAACAGUGCUUGUGUUUUGGAAGAGUCCACCUAAGUCUGAAGCCAAUGGUCUUAUACUCGGUUACAAAAUCCGAUGUAAAUCAGCACACAAUAUAGGGAAUGAGUUUACAUCAAAGCAGCAAAUAUUAUUGAAUCUCACGCAAGAAGCUUAUGAAAUUGAAAUUGUUGCUUACAAUUCAGUUGGAGAAUCUCCUGCAACAAAAGUACAAAUCCCAGCUGGUUAUUCUGAAGAUAAUAAAGGCCUGCUGCAACUGGAAGGUUUACACGCUUAUUCUCAGGAUGAUCAUUUAUGGGUCAAAUGGAAGGAACCUGAUGAAACAGUAAAGAGAUAUAUAAUUGACUGGUGUGCCGAUGCUGAUUCCAACAAAAUAGAAUUUCAGUAUUCAAACAUCUCUACUGUACUGCUUAAAGGUCCAUUUCAGCCUUAUGUGCUUUAUAACAUUACAGUACACCCUAUAUUUGAGCAGGGGCCUGGAAAGGCUGACUCUAUUCAGGCAUACCAAAAAGAAGGAGUGCCUGGAAAAAUUCCUUUUGUUAACACUUUCCAUGUAAAGCAAACAGAAGCAACAAUUCAGUGGAGUGAAAUUCCAAAAACUGAACGUCAUGGCUUUAUCACAAACUACACAAUAUUUUACAAAGCAGAGAAUGGGCCUGAACUCUCUGUUACUGUGAACCGCAGUGUCUUCAGUUACACUCUCAAUUCACUGAAGCCCAAGACAAAAUAUAUGGCACAUGUUAAAGCUUCUACAAAAAAUGGAGGCACAAACAGUAGUGAGAUAUUCUUUACAACGAUUCAGUUCAGCCCAACGUUUCUUCACUUCUCCAUUGCUGCAGGUGUGGGUGUUAUUUUAUUGGUCUUACUGGGAACUGUUGGUUACAUUAUGAUAAGAAAACAUCUUUUUCCUGAAAUUCCUAAUCCAGCAUAUAGCAGCAUUGUCACAUUGACCUCUCAGAGCAUUCCUAAGGUCAACAUCAACAAAACUAUACAAGAUGGUGAAAUUAUUGCAAAGAAUUUCAAAGUGAUUGAUCAGUAUCCUGAUGUUGAAGUUUUCCACAUGUCAUAUGGAGGAAAUAUAGUUUUACCCCCUGUACCCUCCAGGCCUCUUAGUAACAAGGGAAAUGCAACCUUUCUGGCAUCUUCAGACAGCAGCAUUGACGUACGCAAAGCAUUCCAUGCAGAGAAGCCGUCUGUGUGCACUUUUAGAAGGUCAUCUUCAGUUCAGCCACUUCUCUCAGUCUCUUCCAGUGACCUACCAAGUGAGCCAGGAUCUCCAAUAAUAUUUACUCCGCAAGAAAACAAAAGUCGUACCGCAUCAGAAGAUAACCUGUUUGAAGACCACUUCUCACCCAGUCUUUAUCUGAAAAACUCCAUCAAAAAUAGGCAGUUUAUUUCCAAUGCUUGUAGCAAAGAAAAAGAAAUAUCAGAAGUCAAGUGCAUUAACAACUUGGAGCAAGGUAUUUUAGGCCAGGCGUAUGUUACUGUUGAUGUGCUUUUAAUAGAUGGAUGUGGUGCCUGUAAAUUAAACCAAAGUCAUUUAUAAUGAAUUAUUAAUAUAAAAAGGAAAACCUUUCAAAAGUAAUGUUAUGCCCUGCUGAACUCUUUUUAUGGCUUAAUUUAUGAUGUUAAAUAUCUCCUACAUGAUUUAAAAUAUGGACAAAAGGGAUAGUAUUAAGUUAAUUUCAAAUCAGAGACCCAUAAGCACAAUUAAUCGGAUAAUUAAAUGUAACUUAAUAUUCAGACUAAAUACAUUUAACAAAUGCAACAUGUGAAUGCUCCACUGAAUGCUUGGCUCUGUAGUGCGCUUGUCCUGCAUGUGAAAGAAAGGCCUCAAAAGUUCACAGUUCUGGCUGAGUGCUCAGCAAACCAGGGUGUUGGUUUAGUGUUGCUAAUUACCUCACAGACCACAAAACUCUAGGGUACUUUUUUGGAUACUGAGAUAAUGACCUUCUCCUGACACAUUUGUGACAAAUUCUGAGUUAAUGAGGGGAAUAAAAUGUAUGUUUUUUUUCUGUUUAACUGUGAAUUGUAUAUAAAGACAUGGCUAAACCAUAAAGUUGAGUGUUGUAUCAGAACAUUUUCAAAAAUAAUAGUUUGUGUAAAUUAUGGUUUGAAACUAAUUUAUGAUUAAUGGAAAAGAUACUGCUGUCACAUGGAUCAGGUGCCCUGGGUUCAAACUGCAUUCUGUCUGUAUGUGUCUACUUUGGUUAUUCUUCAGGUACUCCUGCUUUCCUCCCAUAUUCUAAGGACAUGCGUUAGGUCAGGGGUCCUCAAUCACAGUCCUGGAGGGCUCCAGUGGCUGCAGGUUUUUAUUCCAACUAGUUUCCUAG